AUGACGUCCCUCAAGUUGUUAGAUCUGGCGAUACACGGCAGAAAUCUCGCCGACAUAACUCUACCCCCUGAGUUAAAUUUCACAAUUCGAUUACUGCUGGGCUAUUUCCUUGGAAAUUUCUUCCCUCCAUCUUGGCUGCUAAAUCCAUAUUUACACCAGGCUCUCUCUCUUGCAAUUGUGGGUGACGACGGUUUCUAUGCAGAAAGAAGAGAUGCUGGUCUUGUUGAAUGCCUCAGGCAGGGUCAUCUUACCGAUGUUUCUGUUUUGAUGAACGGAGGCGUCGUGAGGACCAGUCCAAGACUCUUGUCAGCUGUACUCAUCGAUCACUGCAGACAGGAAUCAUUUCUACCAGGCUUGCAUGUUAACAUUACAGAGGGUGAACCUGUGUGUCCCAAGCAUAUUGUUAGCACUCUUGUUGACAGAACAACAGGCCUUUUUUUUGGGAAAUCCGGCCUGCGGAAACGCGUUCAAUCCAUCAAUCCACGACACACCGAAAUAGAAAUUGAACGCCAGCUAAUCGCGUUUGAAAAGGUGUUUGGAGCGCACCCACUACGCGUUGACGGGCACCAGCAUUGUCACAUUCUGCCAGGCAUUGUUGAUGUGCUUUGUCGGCUCCUGCCACGGCACGGCGUCUCCUGGAUUCGUCUACCGGAAGAAGCAGUGCUAAAACACUCGAAUUCGCGAGAAAUGGUAUCCUGCAUGAAUUUGGACAACCCUCAAACAGUGAUGGAUUUUUUUCGCGAAGUUUCUGAACAGUCGGCGGUGGCUCGUGCGCAGUUUCAGGCUUCCGGUUUGAAGUGA